AUGCAUCUCUCCUCGUCACUCCUUGCUCUGGUCCCGGCCCUGGCACUCGCUGCCCCAACCGCGGAGAGCUUCGACACCACCCCGAUUCUCCCAGAUGGCCUGCCUUACCCCACCCCCGAGCAGCUUCAACAGAUUGAGCAAGCCGCCCAUGGCACACUUCCCGGCUUGCCUUUGCCCACCAAUGCCAGCGCAGUCGGAAUCACCAACCUGCAACUGCUCGCCUUUCAAGAGCACGUCGAGGUCGCUUUCUUCCACCAGCUGAUUGGAAACAUCACUCGCAACACCACUGGCUACACCUUUGCAACCGAUCUCGAACGGGAGUUUGCCCUUCGGAGCCUCUCAACCAUGCUCGCGCAAGACGAACUGCACGCUCUCACAGCCAACAACGCCUUGCAGCACUUUGGCAUCCCAGCCAUCGAGCCUUGCCGCUACUACUUCCCUGUCACCAACCUCGAGGAAGCCAUUGCUUUGGCUACGACCUUCACCGCACACUCACUUGCUGCACUUCAGGACAUCACUGAGCGCUUUGCAGCGAACGGUGACUCGUCUCUCGCACGGAUCAUGACCGGUAUCAUCGGUAACAAGGGCGCCCAGCAAGGAGCUUUCCGGAUCUACCAGGACAAGUACCCUAGCGAGCUUCCGACCCUGACAACCACCGACGUUGACUUUGCCUUUACCUGGUCAAACAGCUUCGCCCUCCCCAACACUUGUCCCAACCUUGGCGACAUCAAGCUGCGCAUCUUUGAGCCUCUGAAUAUCGUCACUCGCCCUGAGGCUCGCACACACAAGAUCCAGGUCACAUGGACCCACGGCCCAGACGAGUCGAAGGAGAGCCUCCUGUGGGUUGCAUACAUCAACCAGCACAACGUGCCCAUUGUUGCUCCUGUGCAGGUUGUUUCUUGUGACGGCUCCAAGUCGACUGCUGUUGUCGUUGUCCCGUACGAUGAAUUCCUCAUGAACGGCUUGACGGUUAUGGCUGUUGUCAACCGCAGAGGACCCUUCGCCAACGCGGAGGCAGUGGCCCGCGCCACGGUAUAUGGCCCGGCUCUGUUCAUUGUGGAGUAA